GUUUCAACUCUGACCGAUGACGUCAUUAAAUCUACGGCUAGUCCACACGGACAAUUUAGCUGUGACGCGGUGCUUCUCUUCACACAGCGUGGUAAAGUGGUUAUUUUAGAAAAUGUAAGGAUCACUGUGUGAACGCAAACUGCACUUCAAGACUUUCCGUUCAGCAGAGAUGGCUCUGGAACAGCUGAGUGACGUGGUCCAGCGAUGUCAAGCACUUCCGGAAGACUGCUACACCCCAGAGGAUCAUGAAAUCUUCAUGAAUGCCAUGAGGACAUGCAUCAUGGAGGGAAACAGUGCACAGGUCCUCAGUAUUGUCUUGGAUGAAAAAAAUCUGGACAUAGUGAGAUGCAUGGGUUGGAAUUUGCUGCCUCCGCUGGUUCAAAUUCUACUACAGAAAGAAGACCAGAACCUUCCUCACUGCCUGGCAAUAUUCAACCAUCUCCUGGAGACCUGUAGACCAAAGGAGCUGCUGAUUGGCCUGUUAGAGCAGCUGGAGCAGGACGAUCCUGAUGUCAUAGCAGAGAGUCUUCAUCUUCUCUUAAAUCCUCUACAGAAAGUGCUGCUGUGCCUGGGCAGCCGUAAGGCCUCUUUUUUAGGUAUGGCUCUGUCCUCGGUGCUGGACCAGGUCACCAAACUGCCUCUACCUCAGACAAAGGAGCAGGAGGAAGACGAUGUCUUCUUCCUUUGUCGUUGCUUAACGGACCUGAUGGCUUUUUUUAGGCCUUUUGUUCAGGAGGCCAGGCAAAACAUCAACAACAGUAAGGUGCUGAAUGAAAGCACAAAAAUGACAGGCGAUGGACCCGAGAAGCCUUUCGUGGAUGAAGAGGAUGAACUGAGGGCAGAACUCCUGAAGUUUUGUAUGAAGGCUCUGAGCCACCUUCUCCUGGAAAUACAACUCAGGGAUCCUGACGACCUGACUGUCUCACCGCUAAGGAAUUUCGCCUCAGAGAUUCUGUCCAGCCUUGCUGCUAUUGGAGAGCCGCUCCAGAGCCUGGUGUGUCGGCCUCUGCUGAGGAGGAAAGAGGUUUCAGGCUUUUUGGAAGAGGAGGUUCGUUAUCCUGAAGAGUCACUAGCCAGCCUGGCCCACCUGGUCUUUGUGCAUCACUUGGCUGCAGAAAUCUUUCCUGCAGUUUUUAGUCCCAUGUAUUCCCUUCGCUGUAAUAUGGAACACAUCUCCAUACUCUUGUCCAGAAUGGAGGAGUCCAGAAUUCAGAAAGGACUGGAGUUGUAUGAGAAGAGUUUGGUGAGAGUGGAAGACAAUGAUUUGUCUGCAGAGCUGCUGCAGAUCAAAACCUUCCUCACAGUUCCUCAGAGCCUGGUGAAGGUGAUGACUUUGUGUCAAAGGCAGGAUUUGAGAGCUAAAGGUCUGAAGGUGUUCCAACUCAGCAUCGAUAAGUUUGACACCGAGGCCAAGUACAACUUUUUUCAUUUUAUGCUGAGGGCCAGCAGUCACUCUGGAGUCGAAGGGUACAUCAUCAGAAACGUCAAAAAUCAGAUCCAUAUGUCACUGGAGCCUGGUCACGCUAACAGCUGGUUUCACGGGAUCCAACUGCUACCUCUGCUGCGAAAGAUACUCAGCCUCCCCGAUGGCCCAGAAACUGACCUCCUGCACUACCUGGACAGAAUCAUGGAGUCUCUGAACCUGCUGCGUUACCUUAUCAUCAGAGACAAAGUGACUGAGAACGAGACGGGAAUCUGGACCGAGCUCUACAAAAUAGAAGAUACGUUCAUGAAGCCGCUGCGCGUCGGGCUGAACAUGUCCAGAGCUCACUACGAGAAGGAGCUCAGCAACACUACACAGAACAAGAAGAGCAGGGUCAAAGAGGACUCAGAGAUCUCUGUGAGCGUCUGCGACGGGAAGCUUCCAAACAUGACGCCAGAGUCACAGAUGGAGGCUCUGCGCUCGGCGCUGCACACGUUUGACAUGAUGGAGAGCGUGCUGGUGCGGAUUGAAGAGCUCAUCAUGGUGAAGGACAACAUGUAACACACAACAGUGACCUCUCAGAGAGACACCUUCAAGUCAGCAGCACUGCUGCAUUCUGGGAAAAUGAUCAAUUGUGUUUCUGAAGUAAAUGUUUCACAUUUUGUACAGGUGAAAAAUCACCACCUCUGUUUUUGUCUGUCAGAAUAUUUUGUGGUUGUACUUUAGUUUUUGUGUACAAUAAAUAUU